CUUUCGGAAACGGAAACAACAGACGAACAACUGUCAAAUCUGCAGAUCAGUUUCCCCGUAGGACUUGUGCAAAGAGUGUGAAGAAAGUGACUGCUCUUCUCCCCCUUGAUGGUGUCACACCAAUCUUUUGCCAACGCUGAGACUUUGUGUACGAUCGAGUGCACACACUAAAGGGUACUGUUGGGGCGAUCAGAAGGGCUAGGAAACAGCAUUAUUUAAGAACACUUGAGAGCGAUCAGAGCGCUUGGAGAUGACGUCAUUAAGGGUUCUGUGAGGCGAAGCUGGAGAAGCGCGCGAGGCACGGUACCGAGGAGUGAUUGCCAACUAUUGAUACGGCAGGCCUUACUAGGCUGCGGGGAGAGUGCUGCCUGUUUCUAAGUUGGGACCGGAUCACGGUGUAGGGACAGUACAGUGAGGAGAGCUCUCCGGCAACUUUUACUGGAGCCAGCCAGGAGCACACUGCAGCAAGUUGUAAGCCCUUGUGUGUUGGACAAUAGCAGCAACAGUUACUGGAUCUAAUGCUCCUGAAACGAGAGGAAGAGAAUUGUGUGUAAUUUUGUGAGUAACCUGAUCACAGGAGAUCAACAUGGCUGCUUUUAUUGCCAAACAGAUGGUUGGUAACCAACUAAAGUCUGUAAAAGGUGCUAUGGGUGACAAGGAGGGUGGAGAGGGAGGAGAAGCAGCAGAAGAUGGGCCUAAUACAGAGGAACAGAAUGAGAUGGAGGAAGUGCGCCGAGAGGCAGAGGAAAAGCGUAAGGAAAAACACAGAAAGAUGGAAGAGGAAAGGGAGGAUAUUCGACAAGGCAUUCGGGAUAAGUACGGAAUCAAGAAGAAGGAACCAGAAGUCGAUCCCAGCACUCUUUUGCAGGAAGACGCAGAUGGGCGGCUAGGGAGGAAGAAAAAGACACCAGCAGAACUUGCAGCUGAGGCGAAUGCAGACUCAGAAGAUGAAGAUGAAUUUUCAAUGCCAAAAAGUCUUGAUGAAUUCAAAUCGAAAGUGGUCACUAGUGUUGGGGAGGUUACUGAAAAGUGUACACUACAGUGAGAUAGGGCAAGGCUUGCUUUCUUAUUGCCAGCAGUGUGCAGAACAGGAUGGAGAUGGCCACGGUCUGUAGACUAGGACCUGUACAACUUAUGCAUAAAUGUUGUGAGCGCGAGACAUGUAGGGCAUUGUGGUAUGGCAGAGAUUCUUAGAUCAGCUAAUGUUGUCACCAUCACAUAAGGGGAGAGAACUCUCUUUUAUCAUCUUACAAAUAAUGUCUUGGUUAACAUUAAAUUUUGUAAAUUAAGAAGAGUAAAAAUGAAAUUUAUAAAGAAGGGAAAAGAAAAUGAUAACUAUAGGAAUGUUUUAAAAUGUUAUUCUGUAAUUCAAACAUUGCUCUUAUAACUUGUAUGAGCUGUUUACUUCCUCCCAAAUAAUAUUUCAGUAGAUGUAUUGGAAAUGAAAUAUGCUAGCAUUAAUGAUGGUGACAAUAUCCCUGUGCUAGAGAACGAGAUGGUUUAGGGGUUUAAGUUUUGAUAAUUUCAUAUAAUUACAUGAUAUUCAAAUAUAUCAAAAUAGAUAUAUGCAAUGCACAGGUGUAGUUUGGGUAUAAAGUAGAGGUCUCCAGUGUUCAUAGACUAAAGGCAAUGCCCUGCACAGUCUUAUUCUCAGGGCAUUGCCUUGAUUGAAAGAAAGCUGAGAGUAUUGCCUCAUUUUGAAAUAGUGAACUGAGGUUUUUUCCCUGUUCCAUAGCAUGAGGCCUUGCUCACAUUAGGAGUGAGCUGAGAGGUGUUGAUAAACUCACAAAUGAGCUGGAGUCAGACCUCUCAAGUGAGCUGUCAGACUUUUCUAUGGAGAUAGAAUCAGAUUCCAGUGAGCUGGAAUCGGUCUUAUCAAAAGAGCUGGCAGACCUCUCAAGUGAACUAGGAUCAGCAUCCUGUAUAUUUUAUGGGCAGGAUAUUCCAAAUGAUCUCUCUUGAUAUUUAGACAAAUGUAAGAUUUUAUAUUGUACAUUUGUAUAUUUAAUUAUCAAUACUUUCAUAUACAAUUUAUGCUUUUUCUUUAUGUUUUGUAUAAAUGAUGGCAGACAUAUUUAAUUUUAAAACUAUCUUUUCGAGAAAAAGAUACUGUUGAUAUGACAUUUCUGAUAUGUUUUCAAUAAAAUAUAAGAUGAGUUUCGCAUGAACUUUGAAUGAUUCAGAAACAGACACAUUGGGUCCACAUUGACCUAGUAGGUCAAUGACCUGUUUAUAUUCCUAACUCGUAUCUCGAGUAAGCGCGAUUAAGAUGGAAGAUUAAGAUACAUUAUAAAGGGAAAUGAGAUCUUUGUUUUAAAAAAAAAAUCAGAAUAUUUUAACAAAAUUCAUUAUAUGAAGAUGUACAAACUUUGCAACCAACUAAAACUCUUAUAAUUGUACAUAAACGAGCAGUUGACAGAAUUAAAUAUUAUACAUAGUAGAAACGUUUCCUGUCAGUAGACAGUGAACUAGACAUGGUUUACCCUGUACAUCAUUUAACAUAGCCAGUGCCCACUAUCAAGUAGAUCCACUAGUAAUGAUGAUAAAAAAUGGGAUACAAAAUAGAUUAAGGAACAAACUUUAUUAGAUUUAGAAAACCAGGUGGACUUUUGACACACAGAAAGAGAGGGAGACAUUAUGAUGGGGUGGACUUUUGACACACAAAAAGAGAGGGAGACAUUUUGAUGGGGUGGACUUUUGACACACAGGAAUAGAGGGAGACAUUCUGAUGGGGUGGACUUUUGACCCA